UCCCUUGUCCCGUCUUCAUCCCUGAGAUUAACCUGCAGAUAUCCACUUCUCUACUAAAGAGCAGCAAUCUGGCGAUAGAUUCUCAGAGGAUGGAAAUCGAUCAGAUGGUGAAGGUAGUGGAGGAAAGAUUCUGCAUGCCUUACACGAUGGAGCUUCGGGUGAAGAAGAGAUUACUAUCAUUCUCUAAGUAUCACUAUCAAGUGUUUGAUGCAACCGGGAAUUUACUCCUCCAAGUCGACGGUGGUGUCUGGAAAUUCCAGAAGAAACGGGUGAUGAGAGAUCCUGCUGGCUUGCCCGUCGCCACCCUGCGCUCAAAGACAUUGUCGUGGAAACAUGAAUGGGUGAUUCAUCAAGGAGAGAGCUCGGAGAGUAAGCAUUUUCUGUGCUGUGUGCGACGGUCGAAUGCAAUGAUGAUAAAAAACAAUCAGGAUGUUUACUUGGGGAAUGGGGGGAGAGAUUUUCAUUUAAGUGCAAGCUUGUCUUCGCUGUCGUUCAAAGUGAAGAGGGGGAAUACAGUGAUUGCAGAGGUUAGGCAUAAUUUCACAUGGGAGAGCUGCAAGGGGAAAGAAACUUUCAAGGUUAAAGUUUAUCCGGAUGUUGACUAUGCCUUCAUUAUAGCUUUGCUGGUCAUUAUGAAUGAAAAUGACGGUCCAUGACCAUAAUCUUC